CUGACAGCAAUCUGCUUACGGUCACACACAAAUCGAAGCAACUCAUUUUCUUUUGAAUAAAUCCAUCCAAAAUGAGUAAAUACGACUCAAAGUACUUGGAAGACAAGCUCAAAAAAGAACUGCAGGCCACGUACGUGAGUGUCACGGACGAAUCAGACGGUUGUGGCGGCAAGUUUAGUGCGGUAGUCGUAUCGCCAUCCUUUAAUGGCAAGACCCUGCUGCAAAAACAUAGAUUAGUCAAUUCAACUUUAGCCGAAGAACUGAAAGAAAUCCAUGCAUUCUCCCAGAAAUCGUACACUCCCGAAGAGUGGGAGAAAGUGAAAGCCCAAUAGUAAUAUCAAAAACCACAUCAUAUAUACACACGCAACAACAAACAACAACAAGCCGUAAUAACCUGUUGCUCGUUUUCUUGGUAGUUGUGUCGAUCGAAGAAACGAAACCCGAAAAAACGCCAGUCGAACAAAGAAAGUGAAAGGGAAAGCACACAGGAAUCGGCAUUUUGUUUUUGGGAGUUACCAAAUAAACAACGCAAAUGAUCCGCUAAAUGCAUAGGUUACAUAAAAAAACACCAAUAAACGUUUAACUACUCGCCAGAGGUCGCCCACUUCA